AUGAGUGACAACAUCGACCCGCGCGAGGCCCAGAAGCGGCUCAUCGCCAUGGCCGACCUCACUCGUCUUCGACAGGAGGAACUUCCUUUGAGUGCUGAAGAAAAGCGAGGACCGUCCUUUAACCCCACCCGUCGGAACGGAACCGACCACAUCAACCCUUCCCUCAAGGAGGGACUCUCCAACAAGUGGACCGUCAAAAUUGACGAUGAGGAGGCUCGUCAAACCGACGGUCUCGAGAUCGAGGACGCACGCCCAUGGGGAAAGAAGGUGGCCCAGAAGUACCUUGAGACUCGUGGAUAUGCUGGUGCCCCAUCUGUCACCUUGGCCCAAUGGGGACCCCAAAACACCACUCCGGCUCCCGAGCAGCCCCCUGCUGUUACUCAGGAGGUUGAGGCUGUGAGCCCCCAGGUCCAGCAUGAAAGCAACAGAAACGUCCCUGAAGCCUCUGUCGCCGCCCCUGCCUCUACAAACCUCAAGUUCGUCCUCAACACCAUGGUCUUGGAUCCCGCUAUGGCGGAGCACGUCAUCGGCACUGGACAAUGUCAGGUCGUGCCUGGAAAGGACGAGGCACUCUCCUUUUCCGCAGAAGUGGUUAUGAAGUUGCUCAUCAGCGAGAACAGAGCUGUUCUAGAGCUCUCAGCUCUGGGCAAGCCGCGCCGAGUCAUGGAUUCUUUAGAACUGGGCAGUCCGGUCGUUGAUGGUCAGUUCUGUGCCUUCACUCAGCUGUCCAACGGUGGCUUCUUCUACCUUCGUUUCGCCGACGAGACCGAAACCAAGAAGUUCAAGCGGCACCUUGCCAAGAUGCAGAAGUCGGCCCGGGCCCACCAGCCUCAGGAGAACACCCGUGAGGUCGAUCAACAGCACAUCGACCAGCCUCGGGCCGAUCAACACCAAGCUAUUCAGCGCCAGGCUGAUCAACGGGUCGAUCAGCAGCAGGGAUCGGUCCCAUCCCUUGCAAACCUCAAUGAGGAUCUUGAGCCGCUCAUUUCCAUGAAUGGCUGGACAACUGUCGACAAUUCCCAAUCCCUCACGUUGGAGAACGCGACCAGACACGUCGUGGUCUUGGUUAAUCGGAUGUUGGGGAAAAUGACUCCCAAGGAGCGGAAAAUGACCCUGCAGAAGGGAAUUUUCGAGUCCGCCCUUGAGGGCAUUACAGACGGUAUCAUUGAGCACUGGGUCCAGAACGGGUUUUUCCGAGGCUACAACGACAGCCUGAAGAAUCAGUUCUGCGACCUGCUGCGGGGGAUGGUGCGAUUUCAAAUCGAUUUUCUUCGUCGCCAGAACGAAGGGUUCAACGAGAAGGACCAGGGCGUUCAGCAGGCAACUCAAGGUGUUCGCAACCUUUCUCUGCAGGAUGCACCCGCCUCUAUCCCAGCCGAUGCCCCUCGCCAGCGUGCUGCCAGCCAUCAGCAAGGUCAUUCUACGCCUACUUCUCUGUUUAGCACCCAGCUUGAAGGACGCAGAGGCCUAAGCGCUUCGCGUUUUGCAAGCGGACCUGUUAAAUUUGAGAACUGCUUCACCGGUCCUCGCAUCAAGAAAGAGCAGUGA